AUGCCACCUCCAUACGCCCCCAAAAUUGGCGAUCCCAUAACCACCCUCGACACCCCCAGCAUGCUCGUCUCCCUCCCCCUCCUAGAAGCCAACCUCAAAACCCUGACCACGCUCCUCCUCCCCACAGGCGUGCACAUCCGCCCACACCUCAAAACCUGCAAGUCGGCCAUCCUCGCCCAGAAAAUGGUAGCCGCAGGCUGCACCGGCGGCUGCGUGGCUAAGCUGUCCGAAGCCGAAGUCAUGUGUAGCUUGGGCUUUACCGAUGUGCUGAUUACGUGUGUUGUUGUUGGUAAGGCCAAGGUGGAGCGGUUGGUGCAGUUGGUGAAAAGGUUUAGGGAAGUGAGGAUUGUUGUUGAUUGUGUCGAGGGGGCGGGGGCGAUUGAGGAGGCGUUGGCGAAAGCGGAGGAGGAGGAAGGCGGGUUUGAAGGAAAGGUGUUGACGUUGGUGGAUUUGGAUGUUGGAUUGCAUCGGACGGGUGUGUGGGCUGGGGAGCCAGCGAAGAAACUAGCAGCGCACAUACGGGAUCAUUGUCCGCAUUUGAAACUCAUGGGUAUCCAGGGCUACGAGGGACAUUUACAGCAUCUUCACAGUUUGGAGGAGCGGAAGAGUAGAUGUUUGGAGAGUAUGAGAAUACUCGUUGAUACGGCCGAGGCGUUGAGGCAGGACGGUCACGAUAUCCAGGUUGUUACCACAGGCGGCACGGGAACGGCCGAGUUCUGCGCUGAGGUCCCCGGCGUCACGGAGGUGCAACCAGGUUCCUUCCUAUUCAUGGAUUCAGAUUACCGCAAUGCGAUUGGCGGCGCGAGGUAUAAGCAAAGUUUAACCAUCCUUUCUACCGUCAUUUCCAAACAGGGGGAUAACAUCGUUACCAUCGACGCGGGGUUGAAGUCGUUGACUACGGAUUCGGGGCUUGCAGAGUGUAAAACUCCCGGGUAUACGUAUGGCGUGUUGGGUGAUGAGCAUGGGAGCUUGGAGUGGAAAGAGGGUAAGGCGGAGGCACUCAAGGUAGGGGAUCGCGUGGAGAUGGUGCCGAGCCAUAUUGAUCCCACGGUUAAUUUGCAUGAUGUGUAUUAUGCGCAUCGGGACGGGGUGAUUAAGGAGAUUUGGCCCGUGGACGCGAGGGGGUGUGUACAGUAG